UACAUUGCUUACAUAGCUUUGUUAUUAUUAGCCUUUACUAUAGCUAAGAAAUGUAUUCAUUACCUACAUAGCUUACAGAGCCAACAUAGCUUUGCUAGCUUAAGCUUUAGCUGCAUUGGCUACGUAGCUCUUCCAUGAAUAAAACAUGGGUUUAUGAGAUUUGAAAAACUGUGAAACAUGUACAGUCUUCAGCUAUGCUACCUACGCAGCUUACAUAGCUAAUGUAGGUUUUUAGCUUUAGCCUAGCUGUGCUAGCUGUGUAAGAAGGUUUUCAUAAGGACAAGCGUUUUCCUGUCAGCAGACUGUUUACUAAACGUUUGUCGUCAGGUUUUUUACUUUAAACUUCUAGGAUCCUAACUCUUACCCUAACCUUAACUGGAAGUUUAAUCCAGUUUAAUUUUUAAAGUUUAAGCGUGUAUUUCCGUGUGGCUGAUAUCUGCAGUAGCCUCCAGACUGUGCUGAUACUGAUUGAUGAAAGUGGGCGUGGCCUGUCACGUGAAUACUCAUUAAAAGUCGUUUGAUUGGUGGUGGUACACUUACUCAGACAUCCUCAGCUGACUUUUAAACAUGCACACCAGAUUCUGUAAAUGUGAUGAAGACUGUGAGGGUCCUGUCAGUGAAACGCUGCAGACGUAGAGCGCUGACAGUGAAGUUCCUGACGAAGAGAUUCAUCAGUGAGUACGACCCUCUGCUCGAGGACGUGUACUGCUGUGAGCAGAUGGUGGACCAGCAGCCAGUUACAGUCAGAGUGAUGGAUACCUGUGACCAGGACGGUCCGGUGAACUGUGAGCGGUAUCUGUCCUGGGCCAGCGUCUUCAUGGUGGUCUACAGUAUCAACAACAUGGAGAGCUUCAAACGCUGCCAGCUCUAUCUGCACAUGCUCAGUCUGCAUGGGAAAACUCCCAUCAUCCUCCUUGGCAACAAGCUGGACAUGGACCCAUACAGACAGGUGAGUCAGAGUGAGGCUGAGGCGGUGGCGUCCCGUUUCAGCUGCGUCUUCUUCGAGGUGUCGGCCUGUCUGGACUUCCUGUCUGUGCAGCACGUCUUCUUUGAGGCGGUGAGGAGGGCGAGGAAGGGGCGCGGCCACCUGGUACCAGCAGUCUGCAUCAGUGAGGACAGAGCGCUUCUCCCGCCCCCCACCUUCACCACCCCGUGCUACAAGGAGCUGCCGGCGCCAACCACCGCCAAGCUGGUCACGGUGAGGACGUCCAGGGCUCAGAGCAAACGCAGAGCCACCACGCUCACCCUGCUCAAAGGAUUCAAGAUCUUCUGAACCCCCAGAGACCCCAGAGCUCUGACAGGGUCUGUCUGAAGAGCAGGGGGACAAUUCCAAAAAAGUUGGGACAUUGUGGAAUAUGUAGAUAAAAACAGAAGUCAAUGAUUGUCAAAUCACAUAGAUCCACUUUAUUCACAAUAGAACAAAAACAACAUAUCAGAUGUUGAAACGACUUUUGACCAUUUCAUGAAAAAUAUCAGCUCAUUUAAAUUUGAACAUCUCAGCUGUAUUGUAGAAACACUACAGUAGUCAUGAGUCUGCUGCAGGAAGUCAGCCUGGGCUUCAAGCAGAGCUUCUCGCCUGUAUCCCCUUACAGUUGAGAAGGUGUGUCCUGAUUGGAGGAUUGACUCUGCCCGUCAUUGCUCCAGCCACUCCUAGAGUUUGGUUGUUUUUACUGUCUCUUUGUACAGCACUCUGGUCUCGUACUGUUUUUAAUGAGAUUUAUAAAUAAAUGUGGAUUUUAUUGGGCUGGA